AUGCGCGCGACCGUCGCUGCCUCCCUUGCAAUCGGCCUUGCCGCCACGGGUGCUCACGCCGCACCGCACCAGCAGGUGACCCUAUACGAUUCGUUCAAUGGCCUGCGACCCGAGAUUUACGACGACAGCCUCGCCGCCAAGGUCUCGCACGGCGUCUGGGGCGCCGUGAGCGGUCUGCUCGGUAUGAACCAGGCCGAGCCCAAGCUUGAUCUCCUCCCCGGCACGCGCAUGCUCGAAGGCGGCUUCCCCACGGCCGACAUCGACUCGGUCUCUGCGCCUCGCUUCGUCGUCUACGGCGACAGCGACGUCCCCAGCCAGACCUACGGCGCGCCGCCCUACUACCAGAUCGACAACUUUGACGUCUACAACUUCGCCUUUUGGACGGUCAAGUUUGGCGUGGCGGACAAUGCGGCCAAGUUCGCCGCCAAGUCGGCUGCGGACCGCAAGUGGUUCAAGAGCCGGUACGCGGGGGCGGGCAAGAAGCUCAUGGUGUCGCUCUUUGGCGCCACCGACAAGCCGCAGUCGAUGGGCCGCAACCCGACCCAGCUGGGCAAGGAGAUUGCCGACUGGGUCAAGAAGAUGGGCCUCGACGGCGUCGAUGUCGACUACGAGGAAGAGGACCUCUUCGACCAGGGCAAGUCCGUUCAGUGGCUCAUCGACCUCACAAAGAGCCUCCGCGCCAACCUUCCCAGCCCGACGUACCUCAUCACACACGCCCCCCUCGCGCCUUGGUUCAAUACCGACAUCUACAAGGAUGGCGGCUACACAAGGAUCCACCAGGAGGUCGGAAAUCUUAUCGACUGGUAUGGAGUGCAGUUUUAUAACCAAGGGACGUUCGAAACGUGCGAAAGCCUCCUGUGGGACUCUGGAGACUACUAUCCCAAGACGUCGCUGUUUGAGAUCGCCAAGUACUCCAAGGUGCCGCUCGACAAGCUCGUGGUGGGCAAGCCGGCCACGGCCCAGGACGCCGGCAACGGCUUCAUGAAGCCCUCGGUGCUUGGACAGUGCCUCAAGACGGCCGUGCAGAACGGCUGGAAGGGCGGCGCCAUGUUCUGGGAGUACCCGCACAUGACGGCCUCCCGCCUCAAGGUCAUUACCGAUGCCUCCGGCCUCAAGUAG